CUCAGCCUUCCCGCCGUCCAAUAUGGCGGCGGCGCAUUGAUGAGCCGAAUGGAGUCGGCGGCGUCGUCGUCGUGCUGGCGGCGGUGUCGGCGACGGAGAAACAGCGGCGAUUCCUGAGAGAGCGACAUGGAGAUUCCGCGGGUCGAGCAGCUCUUCGACUUUACGAGGUUACCUUCAGAUAGUUUUCUCCUGGCCCUUCUCCUGCUGUAUACUCCAUUUGGCCUUUGUUUAAUGCUUCUCAGGAUAUUUAUUGGGUUGCAUGUAUUUUUAGUGAGUAGUGCUAUCCCAGAUAGCCUAAUACGAAGGUUUAUCGUGCGGGUCAUGUGCUCGGUGUUGGGCAUGUUUGUGUCCCAGAACGACCCCAGGCAGAGAGACAAAAAUGUCAAAGCAUAUGUGUGCAACCAUGUCAGCGCAUUUGACCACAACAUGAUCAAUCUCCUCACGCCCUGUAACACGCCCUUGUUGGAAGGACACUCUGGGUUUGUAAGCUGGGCACGUGGCUAUGUGGAGCUGGGCUGGCGGGACAGCCGGACGCGCAUGGCUGAGACGCUCCGACAAUACAGCUCCUUGGAAGGAGCGUCGCCAUUACUGCUCUUCCCGGAGGAGGAGAUGACAAAUGGAAAAGUCGGGCUCCUCAAAUUCAGCUCCUGGCCUUUCUCUGUAAAUAGCACUCUCCAGCCUGUGGGUUUGACAGUAAAAAGACCCUUCAUAUCUGCGAGUGUCGUUGAGUCCUCCUGGGUGUCAGAGCUGCUGUGGAUGUUUUUCACCCCCUUCACAGUAUACCAAGUAAGGUGGCUGCCAACCAUGUCCCAACAGGAAGAGGAGAGUGAAGAGGAGUUUGCCAUCAGAGUCCAGGAGCACUUAGCGGUGGAACUGGGUAUUGUAUCUACGCCACACACCAAGUCCGACAAAGCGGAGUACGUCAAAAGAAUGAAGCAUGUGGUGUCUCCAGUAGCUACUGCAGCCAGCCACAUCCCGGGCCUGAGUAUGAACAACCUGAACAGUGAGGACAUGCAGAUGACCGGAAUGGCCAGGCAGGUUAAAGAGGUGCUGCCUCACAUCCCCCUCAGUGUCAUCAACCAGGACCUGGUGAAGACGAACUGCGUGGACACUACCAUCACAAACUUGCUGGAGGGCCGGAUCCCGUUCACGCCCGAGGACCCGGUGGCCGGCUCCUCCUCCGAGGCCUCCUCCAGCCAAUCAACUCUAGCACCCAGCAGCUCCUCCUGUGCCGUCAGGACCUCAAAGAUUACUCUUUCUAACAAGCCUGAUGCAAAUCCAACCUUUGAGAAAUCCCCGACUGAUCGGCACCUGUCCCUACAGGAGAGGAAGGAAGCACUGUAUGCAUACGCAAGGAGGCAAUACCUCGCCAAGAACAGAUCACAGCCAACGUGUGGAGAGCAACCCUGAGCGAGCAGAGAGCGGUGUGGGAACAUCGAGCUGUGAGCCGGCGGAACGCCAGCCAACCUCCCCCGGGACCCCCUUUCCUCUUUCCCCUUUUGCUUUCCAGCUCCAACCCCUCACAUCGCCCAGAACCUUCUGUGGUCCCGGGUCUUAUUGUAUUUUUUUUCCUUUCGAUCAACUGACGAUAUGUGUCUGAUGAUUUUUAUUUUAUAUAAAAAAAGAUAUCGCACUUACGGCAAGCUUGACCACGAAAGAGAAGGUGGGGUGGGAGGGGAGGGUUUAACAAGGGGGCAAAGGGAGGUGGAGGUUUAGGGAGGGGGAGGGGGGUGCGGGUGUUGUAGGGAAGAAGUGCAGAGAUCAGUCUGCCCAGCAAUCAUGCAUGUUCCUAUAUUGGGUUUGGUUGGUUCCGUCACGGUAUUGACUUCUGUAAUAAAAGACGGUCUUUUUUUUGUCUUUAUAAAAUUGCUUAGAAUUCA